GCAGCCAUGAUGAUGCGGCUGCUGCUGCAGGCGGAGUCUGCCGCUCUGAGCACUCUCUUUCAGUCUGGCUGGCUGCUGUCCUGUCAUCGGCCUGGGUGUGGUUUUUUUUUUUGCAGUCAGAGGUACCGUUAGCAGGAAAUUAAGCUCCAGUCCAUUGCUGUACAGGCGAAACAAAGAAAAAACAUCCAGACGACCGUAAGGGAGAGAAUAGUAAAUCGCAGUGAAGCUAUCGGGAACGUUUGUUUCCUCGAGACGGUGACGCGUUGGUUGGCGCCGUUGUUCUGAUGGGAAAAAGUUUCCUCUGCUCUGGUUAACUCAUCGUCUUAUUUAGGAACUUUCAUACGACAAAAUCUGAAGCGGACUCCAAAAGAGGAAAGAUGCCGAAAACGGUGAGAAUGAAAACUUCACUCUCUUUAUCGUGUAGAAACUACUCUCUUUUGUCUGUUUUCUCUCUCCAUUAUCCCCUCAAAAACUCCGCUUGGGGUUUUCGUGUGACUUGGGUACUUAAUAGUAACCUUUAGAUGACCAUAAUCGCAUCUACGGCACGUAUUAUGGUGUUUUAAUAUGUUUUUCAUCCCCUAAAUCUCAUCCGAGGAGGAUUAGGGAUUACUAGGGUACUUUCCGUUAGGUGUGUGCGCGUGCGCGCUCCCGCCUGUUUGUUCAUUAAAAUUAGCGCCUUAAAUCAAAUCAUCCAUCCAGACACUCCCGCUCACUACUAUGUGCUGUAAGGUCACUGCUAACUUUUCUCCUCUGCUGAAGAGCUUAAAAUCACGUUUAGCGAAUCGGCUACAGGCAGAAGAGGCUGUGUGGCCUGCUGCUGCAGUAGCCAGCAAGCUAGUCCUCCUACAGGCCUCCUCUUUAGACAGUCCAACAAGGAGGGAUUUGAACUGUCAUUCAGACCAGCUGUGCUGCCUUUAUGUGGACCAAAUGGACACUAACCUAAAAUGGGGAGGUAGUACAAGAGGUGACACUGACUACUGUAAGGGUAUCAUGAGUAUGAGGGCCGAAAUGUUGCUCUGUGCUGUGAUUUUAGAGGAAAAAACCCUAAAGGCUGGGUUUUUUUUGUCUUGUGCUGGUGCUGGUGUGGCACAGAACAAAGAGAAAGAGGGCCACACGCAGACUGGACUCUCUUUUAUUUUAGCAGAAUAAAGAGGCAGAGCUCAGUGUUCAGUAAAGGCAAACAGAAGUGAAAGUAGCAUCCAGCCCAUCUGUCUGUCCGCCUCUUGGCAAAAGCAGGUUUGACUAAGCGAAAUACUUUUAAAACCCUAACAGAUAACGAAAUAGUUGUGUAAUGUGCGCAGUCCUUUUUGUCCACUUUUCGUGGAGCUAUGAUACCCACAUGCAAUCUGAGAUAAUGAAAGAACACUGUGCCACAAAAAGAGUCACACAUGACCUCUGAGAUAGGCGGUGCUGUGACCUCGCCCACUGUUUCAGAGGAGAAACUUCAUAAUUCCUUUGAGUGUGUCUGUGUGUAACCAGGGUACAUGCAAAAACCUACAGAUGACGAUCACUAUAACACAUGAAAUGAAAACUGACAUGUGAACUCCUGCACUUCCCAAUUACUAACAGAAAUACAAAUGGUAGCAAAGGUUACAGCUACCCUCUUCCUGUAGUAUUGUUUCUGCUCGUAUACUUCCUCGAUAUUUUUUCCAUCUUGCAACCAGAAAAAAAUGUCACAGCAUCCUGGCAUUUAAAAUGGGUGUAGAAACGCCUUCACUGCUCUACUUUUCCGAAAAAGGAAUUCCUCUAACCAUAUCAGCAUUUUCAAACAGAAUUCAAAGGAUGGAGUCAUUUGUUGAAAAAGCCAAAGUCUGAAUAUUUAAUUUUGUCAGUAAAUUAGUCGCACCAGUAAAACUUUUCAUUUUGCUUCAUUGGGAGUCUGUUUUUUCCUCCCAUAAAAUGUCAAAAAUCCCCCAUUUUCCAUCAGUUCUGCAUUUUUAAUCAAAGUUCACUCCACAAAUACUUUUGCUGCAGACAGGCUUUUAGAUGUUGUAUAUCACAUAGAAGCUCAUGACUAACUACAUCAACUAUGUGACUCCAAAUACUGUCUUUGCUCUACACGUACAUGUACUUUAACUCCUUCACUUGGUGUCUGUCUUUGUGCCAAAUCCACGCAGACUGCAGCUGGAGUACUAUUCUCUUCAACAGCACUAGAUUAGUGGCCCAUAGAAUGUGUGGCAGCUACUGAAGUAACAGCUGGAGACCUCAAAGACCUCAUAAGAGGGAGUCUGGCACUCAGGAUAAGAACACAAGUAUAGGGACACUGCAGAGACAGCUGUGUUGCAGAAACGUUAGCCUGGACACAAUAUAGAGCUAGAGAAGAGGAAAUGAGAAGUGAAUGGAAUAAACGAUUGAGAGGAAGCAGAGAGAUUUACUCAAAAUAAUCAGGGAUGGCGACUGAUGACCAGAAAAGGUUGUGGAACAUUUUAGAAAGUAUGCUUUAUAUCCAUUUAUGUGCCGCUUAGGUGUUAAACCAACAUCUAGGGCAGUGGGGACCAAAAAUAGAUGUUAAUUUGUAGUCCAUGAACCAAAAGCAAACACAAAAGAAUAUCUGCGUGUAGAAAGAUGUUUUUCCUUCUCAUGAUCAUUGUUGAACCUGGUGAGCUGCCUUGUUAUAUACAGGAAUGAUGAGCUCAAGAGAUUUCCAGACAAGGGGUUUGAGUUAUUUCAUGUAUCAGAUUUAUCCUAUGAAAAACACUAAAAUAGGACGGUUUAUGCUGCAUUUUCAAUACUGAUGAACAAACCAUGGAUUAUUUUUUGAUACAAAUUAAAAAAUCAGUAAUGAUUUUUAUAUUUUUGGUUAAGGUGCCUAUAUGAGAGUAUGCAUAUGGAUUAAGAUAAGUAUUUUGUUGUGAAGUGUUGUGUAGUUGUCAAAGAUAAUAGGUAACAAAUAUAUUAAAGGAAGUCUUAGUGGAACUGAUAAAUGUACUGGCAAGUAUCAAGAGGAAGUUAUUUGAUAAUUUAACCUUUAUUAGUUUAUGGAGAAUAGGGGGAUUAAAUAAACUGUUCCUCUUCCUAUUCUUUCUGAAUAUGAAAACAAAAUAAUUUUGUGUUCCUGUCUUCUCAUGUAUUUUUUCUGUCUGUCUUCAAUUGGAUGUUAACUUUGCUUUUUUCUUCCUUACAUCUUCUAAAUCAAGAUUUUAAUUCAAAUCAUAGGGUUAAACGUACUUUUUCCAAGGCUCUCAGGCUAGUUUUCUUUAGUAAAAUUCAUACAAUGCUCUGCCAGAGAGAGGGUAUUAAUAAGAGAAGCCAGACACUGAUUCAGCAAAUGCUCAAAUGCUUGCUCUGUGCUCUGUCUGUCUGACAAAAAUUUCAAGUCCUGUCCCUCGUCAGGCUAGCCCAGAGUGGAGACGAUUCAUAGCUUUGAAAAGAUAGUUUUACCAAUAACUAUUUUAGAGGCCCAGUAUUUAUUUAGUGUUUUAGUGAGCUGUAACAACAUUUGGUGUUUUACAAAAGCAAUAAUUAUUGAGAAACUCUGUCUCUGCUUGACGUCUCUUGGCUGGCAGUGCUUCAGUUUCCCAAGGAAGUCGUGUUGUGACUCAAGGUUUCUGCACUUACAUCAGUUCCUCUCUGCUUAUUUCCUUGCUUGCAGCCUUAUAUGGACUUUGAUGUUACAGCCGGUCUGCUCUCCUCCCAGCUUUCCCCCUCGUGUGGUCCUCAGAUGCCACACUCCACUUUAGAUUGUGUUAAAGCGGUGUGUUUGGCCUUGUGAGGCCACAAAGUUUUUCCAACAUUUAUUUAAACAGGUUUUCAUUAAGAUGUUUUGAUAACUUCUCUGAUUUUUAAUGAAUCACUUCCAAUGAACAUGAGGUAACAUUUAAAGUAAUGAAAAACAGAGUCAAAAUUAUUCAUGAAGUGUUAAAAUUUUGUUUUAUUUCACCAUUUAUGAGCUCAAAAUUAGUGAGUGAUGCCUGCUCUUUUUGUUUUUCUACUUUUUAAAACCUGUUAAGUUUUAACACAGCAGUUAACAAGCCAGCUUCUGAAUAUGUUGUUUUUACAGCUGGUAAAUUACAAUAGUCUUAUAAAACUUCAAAUCUUUUUAAACCGAAAUUCAGACAUUUUUCCCCUGUGAUCACAACAAACCUGAGAAAAACUUACCAUGGUGUCCAUGAUGCUAGAAACGUGAUAGAUGCAGAUGUUUUGUUAGAAGAACCCCAAGCUGUUAACAAGUGUUGCCAUGGAGAAAUGGUAAGUGGAAAGACUCAGAGUUAUGCAAACAAGGGAUUAAUGACUCUGUAGUGCACAUAGCAGAGCAGAUUAACUAUGUGUAGAGGUAGGGUUGGCGCACAUACUACAAUCAAAUCUUCUGAGGCUUUUACUCUGACAGCAAGCUCAAUGUUUUCAGUUUGGAGAGGAUCGAACCUCUAAAUGUGAGUGCUUUUUUCAUUCAGUUAUUUAAUGCCUCUCUUCUAUGUCUCUUUAUAGAAUUAAAGUAAUAUUUAUACACUGAUCCUUGUUUAAAUCAUCUGCUGUUUGCACCAUGUUUAGUCUACUGUUUCUAGCAGUUAAGAGAUAAGUGAUGAUGACAUGACGAUGGAUAAAUAAGACAUUACUAUUUGGCUUUUCUAACAAUUACAGUGCAUUGUGCCAUAUUGACGCCCAAAUAAAUCAAACUGUAAAUAAUUAAAGAGCACGAGUCAAGUGCUGCGGUGAGGAUUAGACAUCAUAAUAUUAGACUACCAUGGCAAGGAGAGAAGGGUUAUGUAUAUAAAGUAUGUUUUAAAUACCAGUAUGACACGUCACAUUGAUUAAUUCAACGAAGUUUUAAAUGCAGAUUUUUUCUGUUGGUUCCAGCAGGGAUAAAAAAGUCUUUACUUAGGAAGUAAGAGGCUAAUGGUUGGCAAAGUAAUAUGUCCAGGGUGGGAAAAACUGUGUUAUAGCCCCUGUGACAUUAAGGCAUGGGUUUGGCAUGAAAAGGUGGAUAGUAUGACUUUGCAUGAACAGUCCACCCAAGAAUACUGAACUUGUUUGUUUUCUUUUUUUAACCAAAAGAGACCAAAUAAUCUUCUUACAGUACAAAAAUUAACAAGAAAUGUUUACAGCAGUUAGAAAUCAGUUCAGACAGCAACACUUGUUUCUCCAGCUACUGUUGACAUGCUAACAUCGAGCCUCUUCUUAGCUCAUAUUACAUGUUGAUAUUGUUAUACUUAAAAAAUUCAUCAGCUAUAAUGAUACAAAUUUGAGAUGGUUGGUUGUGUUUGGUUGUUUAGCUGUGGUAUUAAGCUGAUCAAAUAUGUCUUUUUGUGUCAGACAGAUGUUGAGUGAGCAUCCGGAGUAAAGUUCAGAUGAUAAGUGGUGACGAUGAAGGGCGAGGAAGACUAUUUGACUAUGCUUGUACAUUUAGUUACAUUUGCUGAAUUUAUAAAGGUCAUGGGAAACAGCUGGAAACGACCCAUUGCCCUCGUGUGUGAAGUCCCCUGCAGAGAAAAUAAACCUCAUCCUCUUCUCCAUCCUCCCUCUCAGUUAUUGAGUUGAUGUCAGGCUGUGAGGACAGUUAUCACAAAAGCACAGGCUAAACUAAAAAACAGACAAAAAGGUUAUCAAGGAUGUCUUCUUUUUUUAGGUGUCCAAUCUUAGUCACUUGGUAGAGAAUAAAUAUGAUUUUCUUUAACUAUGGCUACUUUCCUGCUCGCACCCUUUGCAAUACUAGUAUGUUGGCUUUAGAGGAUCUUAACAUGCUUAUCGACUCGCUAACAAGUCUUUGCACAUGAUUCCUCUUUUAAUCUUGCCUUCAAGCUCCGAUAUAACAUGGUUACUGUGCUGUACUUCUCACAGGACAUAUAAUUACUGCUGCAUUUUUUUCACUAUUUCACACCUCAUUGAUAUCUCUCCGUUACAUGCCUCUGAAUUCAUGGCCUAUUAUCCCAUGUGCUGCUAUGCCCAGUGGAGCACUACCAUAAAGUUGGUUGGCCUAUUAUUGUUAGGUUUGACAUUUUGAAAACAAGGCAUGACUGUAUGAAUGUAUCCUGGUAUUUUAAACUGUGAAUAGGACUGCCCUGCCCACAUCAACCAUUUCUCUCUCACUUGCAGAAGAAUAGACUAUCAUCUACAUACAUGUUGAUGCUGUGGUGAACGUUUGUGUUCUCUCUGCCUUUAAAAACCACUUGACAGUAUCUCCUCUGUUGUCAAGGCUUUGUUUGGAGGUUGAUGAUAGUGAACAGGACGCAAAGAUAACUUUGGUCUGAGAAUGUCUCGGGUGGUGACUAAAUAAAUACUUGGACGGCUGUGGUUCCCAGUUCAACUAUCCAUCUCCUUUCUGAUGUGUAUGGGAAGCAUUGCAGCUAGAGAGGAAGUUCCCACAGUGUAAAAUGUUUCACCAAAAUGCAUCUCAGCCAAACACCAUUUGCAGAUCAGCGGUUUUGUUCUGGGGUCAACGCCAUUUCAAUCAGAAGUUUACUGAGUUUCAGUGGUUUUGCUUCCCUUUCCUGACAAGCUAACCUGAGGUGUUUCUCAGGGUUCACUCUAAGACUAUGGCCCCACUGGUUACAGUACAGUAUUUGUAUUAGUUGUAUAUUCAGAAAACAAAGUUGUCCAUUUCUUACAAAGGUGUUUUUAAUCACUCAGUUUUCAAAACUUCUUUAGUUUUCUAUUUCAGCUUUAGUUCAUUAGUUAAUGUUUUAGGCCCUACAACUCAAAUGAGAAUUUUAUGGUCUGAUUUUCACUUAUUAGAGCUCUAUGGAUGUACAUGGCUACCAUAAAAAUGUAUUUCCUACAUUAAAGCUACUCUCGCUGUCUACAAACCUUAAAGCUUAUGAUAGAUAAAUUUUGGUAAUUAAAAAAAAAAAAAAAGAAAUAUUACACAUUUUAUGUUUGUGAAAGCCGGUCUGGAAAUCACUCUCUUUUCAUACCAAUUUGACCUUGUGUGCUCACUCUGUCCCUCUGCUUCACUAACGCACACCUGCUCCUCUCUUUGGCAGUGCGUCACAUCACUACCUCCACUAAAAACAUUAUUUGACAGAGUUUGUUGAUCUGAGCUUUUGACAGUGACCCAUUUAAAACCUACAUGCUGUGGUGUGAUAGAAGGCAGGAUGUAACAAAAAGGACAAAACAACCAUAACAUGACAAGCAGCAAAAAAAGAAAAAAAAAUCAUCUCAUUUGGAUUAUCUUGUUUUUUAAAUUGAAAUGAGACCAAUUUCCCCAACCCUACAGCAAUUACACUAUGUACUUAAGUAAAUGAGGUGAGCUCCUACCGAUGAAGAGAUUAUUGCCCUGACUAAUUAAAGUGUUUUAUGUGAGAACCUCAGUAAGAGAUGGUCUGAAUAAUUAGCUCUAAACUAGGUGUGAAAUUGACUGGAACAUUCAAAUGAUAUAAAAAAGAUAUCUGAUGAUAUUGUAAUCUAAAAACCAAAUGAUUAAAAAACACCUAAGCCUUGAACUUUUACUUGAAUACACAGCGCUUCUAAAAGUAUCAUCAGAUGUCACAGUUUUACUUCUGCACUGUAGUUUUUUGGUGUCAAAACUGUGAAGAGUAAGUCAUGGAAACUGAACACGUGGGCCAGAGAGAGGGUGUUUUACAGCAUGUGCUAAUAAUAGUGUGCUAAGUGUUUUUGAAUUCUAGCCAUGGGAGACACACCCUGACCAGGCUGAAAAUGUAUGAGUGUAGUUCCUUUUUCAUGCAGCAUUAGCCAUUCUGACUCAGGAAAUGAAACCGCUUCAACCCCGGCAGGACCUGCAUGAACCGAAGUCGUAUCUGCAGUUCUGCACUGUCAGAAAACACAAAUGUUUGUCAGUUCAGAGAGGGCUGCGUUUAGAUGACUUUACAUGUGUGGGUUGGAGUUCAGUGUAGGCUCAGAUUGUAGGUUUCACUCGUAUUCAACUGCUGCUGACGACAGGAAGUAACAAGAGGGCAAGUGUCCUGUGCAGUAAAUGGGGUCUUGCUGACAUGAAUGGGAAAGAACGCAACUCUAAUCAGCCCCGCAACUGGGAAAUAAUGCAUACCAUUGUUGUCCGGGGUAGGCGUGGGCCUCUGCCUGCACAGUUAUUCCCUAACAGACAUGCAUGCUGCCCCUUUUUCGGUCAUCUCUAAGAGGCCAGACUGAAUGAGAAAUGCCUACAUAGUGAGUUUACUAAGUUUAGACUUAGUUUAUUUUCUCAGGAGCACAGUGGGGGGGCUUUCAGGUUAAAAAAAAACACCAUCAAAUCUUUAACAUAUCAUUUCGAACACAGUGCUACCUGAGGGAGACAAACCCACAUGACAGAGUGUGUUCUUGUAAAGGCGGAGAGUUUAGCAGACAGCUGACGGCGUGCUUGAUACAUGACAGGAAGUAGGCGACUCUCAUGAGAGCUCAGUGUUCAGCAGUCGUGCCUCACAGGGCUCAGCCACCAGAGGAUGUGGUAACUUCCUGUAGAUAAGUUCUUUACUGAGACGGAGCCAGAUUGGCAGGCCUGUUGUUCACAACGUGAAGCCAUGAGACCUGACUUUUUACCUAUUCUACAGACAAAAUGAAAAAGUGUGUGUUUAUUUUAAUGUUAGGAUCAUAGUGGGGUUACUAAUGGUUCACAGCAGGCCUGAAUCCACAGUGUAGGAUCUUGUUUCUCUAAACACUGUUGAGUCUGUACACUGUGGGGUGGUGGGUGCAGCUUUCUGCUCGUGUACAGUCAGGAUUACUCAAAACCUUUCUGAGAUCAUGGUUCAGAAGUGGCAGAUUAACCACUUUGUGUGGAUUUAUGUUUCAUUAGUCUGAUUAUUGUUUACUCUCUUUUUGACACAACCACUGGGGGCACCAGCAGGUUCUUAUUUUUCAUGUGACUGUGGUAAAGACACUGUGUUAUUUUAGCAGUCUUCCCACUGAAGAUUUUCUGUAGACUGAAGCGAAUUUACUUCAAGAUAUUAGUAAUCUGAUUUGUCUUCAUUAGGGUUAAGAAAAAGGAGAGGAUUACUUUUAUGAUGUGUCCAGUUGCCCCUUUUAUGCUUUAAGUAUUUAUGGAGAAUCAUAUGAAAAUUGGUUUAAUGCUCAUGCAGACAGCCACAAGACAGAAAUGAAGUCUAUAGAUUGAUCAGUAUGUUCACACCGCCCACAAAAGUCAACAAAUAUAUGUCUUAUAGACCUGUGUGAGCCAGUAUUAUCUUCCGAUCAUACAAAGACUAAUAAAGAGCAGCACUUAAUCUACUUCUGCAAAGAAACAAAAUGUUGAUUUAAGCCGUUUUUCCCUCAUCCAGAGGAAUGUCAUUGUAGAUGUUCAUUGUGAAAAGUCUCAUACUUCUAAUUUUUUCCCUCCCUCAGAUAAGUGUAAGAGUCACCACAAUGGAUGCUGAACUGGAGUUCGCCAUUCAGCCCAACACAACAGGAAAGCAGCUCUUUGACCAGGUAUGAGACACUUCAACUUCUGACCCCAAAUAUGUGUUGAAACGCAUUUGUCUGAUGUUGGAUCUGAUAUUUUUGUCCGUAUUUUUAAACCUCUUUCAGUUAAAAACACGAGUAACCUUCUGUUUAAACUCUCACAAAAAGAAAAAUAGGAACUUUCUGGAGAUGCUGACAUUUAUUUCCGUAUUUAUUAUGUUUUUAUUUCAAUCAUAUGCAGUAAAACAAGAUUCUUGUGUGCAAAUAAGCGCCUCUUAGGUAUCAAAUGCCAGCUUUAUUCGAUCCGUGUGUGUAUUAAAUGUUUGUAAGGGUGCAUUUAUUCAGCCCAUCUUGAACAGAGUGUUCUUUCAUGCUGAUAAGGUAGCCUCUUGAACUUCUUUUUUUCUUGUUCAAAGGUUGUGAAGACCAUUGGCCUGCGAGAGGUUUGGUACUUUGGGCUCCAGUAUCAGGACACAAAGGGUUUCUCCACAUGGCUCAAGCUCAAUAAGAAGGUAAGAUCUAACACAGAGAAAUGUCAAAUACGCAGUUUUUCUUUUCUUUGUCUAGAUCGAACCACUCAGUUGAGUCAGGUCUGUUUAUAGACGUUCAACCUUCACCCCUCACCCGUGGCUCAUCUUAUUUUAGGUGACAGCCCAGGAUGUGAGGAAGGAAAGCCCGCUGCUGUUUAAGUUUCGUGCCAAGUUCUUCCCUGAGGAUGUGUCGGAGGAGUUAAUCCAGGAUGCCACACAGCGCCUGUUCUUCCUGCAGGUGAAGGAGGGGAUCUUAAAUGACGACAUCUACUGCCCACCGGAGACCGCUGUCCUCCUGGCCUCUUACGCCGUGCAGGCCAAAUAUGCCGACUACAACAAGGAAGUCCACACUAAGGGCUACUUAUCCAGCGAGCAGCUGCUGCCUCAGAGGUAACAGUUAAAGAUGGAUGUCACCUUUCAGUGGGCGUGUUUUUGUACGAGAUGUUUCUCUCUCUGUGUGACUCCUCACACUUGAGUGUUGUCUUGUGUUGUCAGAGUGCUGGACCAGCACAAACUCAAUAAGGAGCAGUGGGAGGAGAGGAUUCAAGUGUGGCAUGAGGAACACAAAGGCAUGAUUAGGUAAACACUCACACACAUAAAGUACAUUUGGAUAUGUCCUUUUAGAAGGGUAUCUUUCACCUUUCCUUCUCUGUAAUGUUUGGAAUCAGCAUUAUUUGAAGAACAUUUUCAUGCAGAUUGAAUACUAUCACGUGCUUCAGUCAGCUACAACAUGUAAGGCUUUGUCAAUAAACACUACUGAUGAGUGUCUUUUAUUUGAACACAGAGAGGAAUCCAUGAUGGAGUAUCUGAAGAUCGCUCAAGAUCUGGAGAUGUACGGAGUCAACUACUUCAACAUCAAGAAUAAGAAAGGAACAGAGCUGUUUUUGGGAGUGGAUGCUUUGGGCCUCAACAUUUACGAGCAGAACGACAAGUAAAGGAUGCCAUCACAGUUAAACUGGCAAACCCAUGUAUUCGGGUUUUACUGUCAUUGCUAAUGCUAGUAUCCAAUCAAACAUUGAUCAAAGGUUUUUGGUUUUAUUUUGCUUUUUUUAGAAUGACACCAAAAAUUGGAUUCCCUUGGAGUGAAAUCAGGAACAUUUCCUUCAACGACAAGAAGUUUGUCAUCAAACCAAUCGACAAGAAAGCACCUGUAAGUCAAAACAACAACUUUAGAGCAAAUGAGCAAUUUUCAGGAUUUUAAAGAGAUCAAAAGAGCUCUAGUAACGCUUGUAGUUCAGGAAAACAGCUUUAUUCGAACAAGGGUGUUUUUCUGAACUACAAGGUUGCUGGAGCUCUUUUGACCUCUUUAAGACCCUUUUUCUCCAAGCACCGUGGAAGUUGGUGAAAUUUUCAGGAUUUACCUGUAUAAACAUCUCCCAUGUUUCUCUUUUAGGACUUUGUAUUUUAUGCUCCGAGACUGCGCAUCAACAAGCGCAUCCUGGCUUUGUGCAUGGGCAACCAUGAGCUGUACAUGCGCCGCCGUAAACCAGACACCAUUGAAGUGCAACAGAUGAAGGCUCAGGCUCGGGAGGAGAAAAACCACAAGAAGAUGGAGAGGUAAGAGUCACGAGCUGCUGCGCUGGAAAUGAACAAACAUUUCAUCCACAGGUUUGAUCAUAUGACCUCGAAUGUUUAAAGUGAUUUAGUAACCUCUAAAACAAAGAAAACUGCUAACUCAUUACAGUGAAAAUAUGAUGUAAUCACUGUCUUAAGUUUGUUUAUUUUGUAUAUGACAGUUAUACACUGGAAGGUAAACACCAGAAUAAUUUCAGACCGCAAAUAAAUGAAUUACAUGGUGAUCAUCUACUCUGCCUGAAAUAGAUCCCUCACACAUUUUGUAUCUGUCAUUUCAAUCAGAGCUCUGCUGGAAAAUGAAAAGAGGAAAAGAGAAGUUGCCGAAAAGGAGAAAGAAAAGAUUGAGAGGGAAAAGGAGGAGUUAAUGGAGAGACUAAAGCAGAUUGAAGAGCAGACGAAAAAAGCCCAACAAGGUAGGUAACGUAUCUGUACUCAACAUCAGCUUUCUGACCGAGAGACUGUCUUACCUGAGGCUUGUUUGUUUGUUUGUUUGUGUGUGUUUGUGCAGAGCUGGAGGAGCAAACACAUCGGGCUCUGGAGCUGGAGCAGGAGAGGAAACGUGCUCAAGAGGAGGCUGAGCGCCUCGAGGCUGACCUGAAGGGUGCUGAGGAUGCCAAAAUGGCACUGCUGCAGCAGUCCGAGAACCAGAUGAAGAACCAAGAACACCUGGUCAGUCAUAGAAACUGUAUUUUACAUGUCAACAUUACAAUGAGAAAAGAAAAGCCUGACGGCUGGAAAUUAGUCUAAAAUAAAAAUGUUUUCUGUUAGGCCACAGAGCUGGCUGACCUGACUUCCAAGAUUUCCCUCCUGGAGGAUGCCAAGAAGAAGAAAGAGGACGAGGCGGUGCAGUGGCAACAAAAGGUAUCACCCUGUCACCUUCUACUUUUGUUCAAAUCUUUACCUUAAAGUGGAGCAACAGUUUGAGUCUAUGAAAACUGUAUCAUGUUCAGCCAAUAGAAUGAAAAUAUGCAUGAAAUGACUUUGUUACACGGCGGCAAAGUUAAUAUUAUCUUUUCGCCCCUUUUAGAAUAAAGAAACGAUGCCUUUUAGCUUUCAGAUUUGUGAGCCUCACAUGGACAUGCAGGUUGCUGUGAUUGAAGUUAAAUCAAGUGAAACACCUUUGACAGUAACUCGUAUUAGGUUUCAGUUGUGGCACAUUUAUCACAGCAAGCGUUCAGUGGCGAAUAAAUUGAGGAUCUUGAAUUACAUGUGUGAACAAAAGGGUUCAGUUAAGUCUGCGCUCAGAGUCAUGUGACCAUCUAUACCGGCGUUCACAAUAAGCCAAAUUUGGACCUGGUAUCAAAGACUUAGUCAUCAAACAUCAUGUCUGGUGCCGAGCACACAGCCCCGCCUGUGUGACACAGUGAGGACAGACAUUCCUGAGGUCCUGUUGUUGUGUGUUUUUGGGGGGGAGGGGUGAGCGCUCACAGCUUGCCUCAUGUCUUUUUUGGUAAAAAACAAUGUGUGCCAGCCCGGCCCCUUCAUUUCUUUGGGGGGAGCGUGACUCAUGCUGUUUGUGGAGGGGGACGGCUUUCUUUGUGGGAGGGAAAUCCUGUUUAGCUCUUGUGCUAAGUAAUGGUUUCCAUGCCCGACAUUUUUGGCAAGCGUUCAGAUGAAAUUCCAGUCCUUGGUCAUAAUUGGCUCUUUUUCCUGGAGCCUCAUAGUACAGAAACUCUGGUUCAUAAAGUGCAAAUUUAGAUAUAAAAUAGUCCAUUUGAAGUGCUUUAGUAGUACUGAAAUAGUUUAUGUAUUGUUGUGUUUACAGUCGUCCAGUUUCCCUGGAGAGUUCACUGCGAAUGUGACGAUUCCGGUGGUUUGUCAUCAGGCACCAUAACAAGCUCACACCUUUAAUGACUAAGAUGUGCUUUUUUAUUGCUCAAUAUAAAUAAAAAAAUGAAAUCUAAUUUGACAAAACUUGACCUCCAGUACUAAACAGCGCCACUGUGCACGGCUUUAGAGUCAUGGGUGGCAAGAAAUGGCAUUGAACCACUUUUCUACAAGUUUAAAUACUCUAAAACAAGGAUGUUGUAGGAACCGAAGUGUUGAUAUGCGUUCACCUCAUCGUACAUUCUCUGUUCCCUCAGGCUACCAUGGUGCAAGAGGACCUGGAGAAGACCAAAGAAGAGCUCAAAAACAAAGUGAUGUCAGCUCACAUUCAGGAGCCCCUCAAUGCUGAGAACGAGCACGAUGAGAACGACGAGAGCAGCGCUGAGGCCAGCGCCGAGUUCACGGCUGCUGCCACAUACAAGGACCGCAGCGAGGAGGAGCGCAUGACCGAGGCGGAAAAGAACGAACGUCUGCAGAAACAUUUACUCGUAAGCCUGAUAGUUAUUAAAUCUGUUCAAAAAUUAUUGCCUUUCACGAGAAAAAGCUAAAGUCACGACAAGAUUGCACAGUUUUUGAUCAAAGCCACGAUAAGGAUAGGAAAAAAACAGAUUUUGAGAACAAAUUUAUGAGUCAUAAGAGAAGAAAGGACAAACAGCGGGUGCAGAAGCUUGCACAGGCUGCUUAUCCCUUCUUCAGAGGAGACUCAGUAUGCUGCAGAGUCUACACAGAGUCCUGAUAUAGUGAUUAUGUUUACAUUUCCUGUAUGAAACCUAUACCCAAAAUAUAACUACAGGCUCCAUGUUCCUUAUCCUAGUGCGGGCUCCUAGGUGCUUCCCUAACUUUCCACUUUAAACUAAAACAAAGCUGACCAAAUCCUGUGGUUAUAAUUGUCUUCUCUUAAAUUUACAACUUUACUGUGUAAUUUCUUAUUCUAUUUUUAUUUUUUUACUUAAACAAUGUGGGCUCAUGAUUCGUUGUAGAAAUGCAUCUUAAACUCUGUUCAUACACAAAGAGCUAACGUAGCUAUGAUCCUAAUACAGUUAAAUGUAGACACCGUUAAUGUAUCGGCAGCAAAAAUUUCCACUUCCUGUUCAGGAGAUAUUUUUUUUUUAAAGAAAAAAGGAAAUGAAAGAAAAUUCUGUUUAAAAACAGAACUAAAACCAAAUUAGAGUUUAAUUGCUGGCGUCUCUAGGGAGUCGGUAACUGGAGUGCAGUGUUGCUAAGUGGCUCAGUAAAUAAGUGCAUGUAAUUAAGGGAAACGGUUAUCUCAGUUUUACAUUUGAGGCUGAUCUGAUAGUUGAUUUGAUAACCAGUAUGUGAUCUGUAAUUUAUGUACAUGACUUGUGAAUUUAUUUUUAGGCUCUGAGCUCAGAGUUGGCUAAUGCUCGGGACGAGACCAAGAAGACGGUGAAUGACAUGAUCCACGCAGAGAACAUGAAAGCAGGGCGAGACAAGUACAAGACCCUCAGACAGAUCCGGUCAGGAAACACCAAACAGCGCAUCGAUGAGUUUGAGUGCAUGUGAUGUCUACCUAAAGGCCUCACUGAUGCUAGAGCUCACAAUGAUGGGCCACUCUGCCUGGACUGCAGUCCUGCCUCACUCCAGCUGUUUCCUUUCUACCCAAAUAAAUCAGAUCCAAUGACGUGGUUACAAAAGCACAGCACAAUGUACAAAUAUGGAUCUGGAAAUCUCCAUUUGUUAUCAUUCCUAACUUUGAAUUUUGGCAAGUCACUGGUCGAAAAGGGACAUACUGUAUUUUAAUAGUACAUUCCUCACAAGGGGUUUAUGUAGCAUCUUAGCAGUGAGUUCCUGCUUCACUUCAUGACACAUUGAGUGAGCAUUUUUCAUUUCUUUAUAUAUUUUUUGUCACUUUUUUAUUGUGAUUUUAAAAUAAAAGAUCAAAUCUAAAUUUCAGCUUGCCUGUAGACAUACUGUAUCUCUGCUGUAAACAUUCAACGGUUCCUUAUAGCAAGCUGAUUUUUUGAAGAUUAAUAUUCCUCUUAUGAUCCAUUGCCUGUAGUUUCAAAUGCACUGUAGUCGACAUGAAAAAUGCAUAUCAAAUGAUUUUGAAGUGCCUGUGUGGAGCAUUGAUAGAGCAGUAUUAUUUUUGUAAAUUUACUCUUUUAUAUUUUUCAUCUGAGCGUAUUCAGAAUCAGCAAACUGUAACAAAUACAGUAUUAAAACCGCAAUUACAAAAUCACAAGGACUUAAUGUAAAUUUUUGAUUGUAGGCAGAUGCUGAAUUGUAAACGGGACUAACAUGACAUGGCACAAUCCUGAAUCUGAGAACCCUCUGUGGUUUUCAUUGAUCAUAUCUGAGACCCUUUCGAGUAAAACAUACUUUUCGCUCACCGUUGGGCUCUCUGUGAUUCUUAUAAGAAAAAAAGAGAGAGCUGCGUCUACAUUAUGAUGAAACUGAAGCAAAUCUGCAGCUGUCUAAAAAGUUUCUGUCUCUAGUUUCUCUCUUGAAGAAAACUUGAUCAUGAAGUCUUGUAGAACUGACAAGAUUUGACUUUUUUGACAGAAUUGAAAUCAGUAUUGUUAAUUUGGUCAAACAUUCAACUUAAAAGGACAUUCAAAGUUAAUUUUACCUUCUUUUUGCAUUCCAAUAACCAGUACUGCAUUUGGAAUUACACUGUAGUUGAAACUUGUCAUGUUGGUUGUCGUCUGAGGACAAAUAUUCCUCAUGAAAUCAUCUAAGACUUGAUUUAAAAAAAUAGAUAGGUUCAUUGAAGAGGAGCUUGAAAACUAGUUAAUCUAUACAAAAUGAGUUUAAAAAAGUUGCUGUCCAAUUGGACACCAUUUCCAUUCCAUCAUUCAAUUUUUGAUAUACUGUAUGUAUUGAACAACAUUUGUGUAUUUUGUAAUUUGGAUCUUCAGUUUUCAUAAAAUUCUUGAAGGUGAAAGACUGUCACUGCUGAGGCUAUUUUUGUACUUAAAAAUGUAGGAAACUUGUCAAAGAUAAAAAACGGAAUAAAUAGAUGUUAGGAAGCACAGUUUUUUGUUUUUAAGUCACCGAACAGCUCGGUGCUGCGAUUCUGAGUGUCCAAAAAAAUAACAAUUUUCAGCCACGCCAAGACAUUCAAAAUACAGUUAAACAUCACAUACCGGGUUACAUUCAGCGCUCAGCUGUGGGAUAGGCUGUACCCAUUCUUGGAUGCUUAGAAAUCUGUAAAAAAGACCCAGCAAUAUUGAAGUUCAAAAGGACUUUCAUUGAGUGAUGACUAUUUUUGAAUUUGAUUGUGAUUUGUCGUGUGAAAGCGUCCUUAGUGGUUCAUACAGACACAUUUAUGCUCCUCAGUAUUCUUGCCCAUUGCUGCACAUCGCUCUGCGCCUGCCACAAAAAAUACAAACGCCGUUAUUGUGAUACUCGAUACCUUUUCACCCCUUUCACAGUGACUUUGUUCUGCCUGAAGUGUCAUGUAUUGACAGCCUUUAAAUAAAAAUCUAGUGCCAGUGGAGCUCAAGUUUUCAUGUAUUUAAAAGAACUGUAUUAAAGAUGCUUCUCAGUAUUUUGUCUUGAAUCAAAAAGGGCUGAAACAUAAUUGAUACUUACUGUAACUCCACAGACAGUGCCUUUGCCAGAUUUUCAUCAGAUGUUGCUGCUUCAAGUCUUCUUUGAAUGAAUAAAAAUACAUUUUAAAACAGAUUUUCUUUCCUGAACUCUUAAUUAAGUAACCUCAUUUCCAAAUCUAA